UGUUUUCGGAGCCUCUGCUGCAUCAGUGAAUGACAUGAGGAUGUGAGAGAGAAUCAGCGACAGCGAGACGGACGGAGGCUCGAUAUGGCCGUAUGAUUUUACGCCAUUCUCGAACGGACCGAUAUAUUGACGAUGAGGAUUAUUUUAGGGGCUGACCGAGAAACGGCCUGUAUUUGAGUCUAAGUCUUCCUCACAUGCCAGCCAUGGACUAGAGAAGAGGAGCGUGCAUAAGCGAGUGUGUGAUUUUGGACAUAACCAUGGUGGUGAGGUGGCUCAUCUCUCAUUGAGAACACACAAAAUGAGAGUGUGAAGCUGCAGGGCAGGCAGCGCAGCCACAUGUUUCGAUGACUCUGGACAUGGACGCGGUCCUGUCAGACUUUGUUCGGUCCACGGGGGCAGAACCGGGUCUGGCACGAGACCUGCUAGAAGGUAAAAACUGGGACCUGAGCGCUGCUCUGAAUGACUUUGAGCAGCUCCGGCAGGUCCACACUGCCAACCUGCCCAACGUCUUUAAUGAGGGCCGAUACUACAAGCAGCCGGAGCGUAGCAGCACCCCGCAGCACAUCAACAAGCCUGAGCAAUGUCUCCAGAAACAGGAGGACAACAAUCAGGAGAAGCGUCUGUCUCGGGGUAUCUCCCAUGCCAGCUCUGCCAUCAUGUCUCUGGCCCGACUGCAGGUCUCGGGGGAUUGUGCCAGGGAGCAGUUUCCCUUGGAGAUGCCCAUCUACACAUUCCAGCUGCCUGACCUGAGCGUGUACAGCGAGGACUUCCGCAGCUUCAUCGAGCGUGACCUCAUCGAACAAUCCACCAUGGUGGCUCUGGAGCAGGCUGGUCGUUUAAACUGGUGGUCGACUAUGUGCACCAGCUGUAAGAAGCUACUUCCUCUGGCCACAACAGGAGAUGGAAACUGCCUUCUGCACGCAGCCUCUUUAGGAAUGUGGGGCUUCCAUGAUAGGGAUCUGGUGUUGAGGAAGAGUCUGUAUGCCACGAUGAAGAACGGGGCAGAGAGAGAAGCUUUGAAGAGAAGAUGGAGGUGGCAGCAGACCCAACAAAACAAAGAGUCGGGACUGGUGUACACUGAGGAGGAAUGGGAAAGAGAGUGGAAUGAAUUGCUGAAGUUGGCCUCCAGUGAGCCACGCACACAUUUUAGCAAGAACGGCAAUACAAGUGGAGGUGUUGAUAAUUCAGAAGACCCGGUUUAUGAAAGCUUAGAGGAGUUUCACGUGUUCGUCCUGGCCCACGUUCUGAGAAGACCCAUAGUGGUGAUAGCGGACACCAUGCUUAGAGACUCUGGUGGUGAAGCUUUUGCACCCAUUCCUUUCGGAGGGCUGUACCUGCCUUUGGAGGUGCCUCCCAACCGCUGUCACUGUUCCCCGCUGGUGUUGGCUUACGACCAGGCCCACUUCUCCGCCCUGGUGUCCAUGGAGCAGAGAGAUCAACAGAGAGAGCAAGCUGUUAUCCCACUGACCGACUCUGAGCACAAGCUGCUGCCUCUGCACUUUGCCGUGGACCCAGGGAGAGAUUGGGACUGGGGGAGGGAUGACAAUGACAAUGGCAAGCUGGCAAAUCUUAUUCUGUCACUAGAAGCUAAACUAAACCUUCUGCACAACUACAUGAAUGUAACAUGGAUUCGAAUUCCAUCUGAAACAAGGGCUCCCUUGGCUCAGCCUGAGUCGCCCACUGCGUCUGCAGGAGAGGACGUACAGUCUUUGGCAGAAUCAAUGGAUUCGGACCGGGAGUCGGUUUGCAGUAACUCCAACAUGAAUAGCGGCAAAUCAAAUAAAGAAAAGGAAAAAGACAAGCAGCGAAAAGACAAAGACAAAACUCGGGCAGACUCAGUGGCAAACAAGUUGGGCAGCUUCAGCAAGACGUUGGGUAUCAAACUUAAGAAGAACAUGGGUGGCUUAGGAGGACUUGUCCAUGGCAAGAUCAGCAAGUCCACCUCAACGAACGGACGAACGGUAGAGAACGGAGAGCACAAAUCUAAGAAAAAAGACUCUAAAAUACGAAAAGGCAGCAAAGAGGAGUCGGGUCAGUCGGCCAGUACUUCCUCUUCAGAGAAGACGACCAGUCCUUCUCCUACAGACCGUGCAUCUGGUAGCUCACCUGUCGAGAGACAACCAGGAUCAGGCAAAAACUCGGGUGACCGGACACUGGACAACUGGAAGUACAGCACAGACGUCAAACUUAGCCUGAACAUCCUGAGGGCAGCCAUGCAGGGUGAGCGCAAGUUUAUCUUUGCUGCUUUGCUGCUCACCAGUCACAGACACCAGUUCCACGAAGAGAUGAUUAGCUUUUAUCUGAGCAGUGCCCAAGAACGGUUUAGUGCCGAGCAGGAACAGAAGAGAAAAGCAGAUGCUGAGAAGAAACCACAGACUAAUGGUGUGCCACUGAAGAAGCCUGAGCAGGAAAGCGCUUUUCAAAGGGAGCGUUCGGAUAGCUCUCCACCCGAUAGUUGCUCACCGGUUUUGCACCCCAGCCAUAAUCACACGCAAGCUUUGAAGGUCCAAGAACGGGGAAGCCCAAAGCUUGCUGCUUCUCCUAUCCCAAUACCCAUCCCAGUGUCCAUUCAAGGAUCCUCCAUGUCUCCCAUCCCUUUUUCCUCUCCUAGUAAUGGUGCUAAGAGAUCCGGACCAGUCCCCGUUUCAGUCCAUUAUAGCCAUACGCCACCUAUCCAGCGGCAUAGUGUCAUCCACCUGAGGGAUGUCAACGUGCAGUCGUCCAGCUAUCAGGAUGGGUCCUACAAGCCGUUGGUGGGAACUCUCAAAACUUGUGCCACCUACCCUCAGCAAAACCGAUCACUGUCCUCUCAGAGCUACAGCCCUGCUCGCAUGUCUGGGAUUCGUACCAUCAAUGCCAUGGACUUCCCUUACAACAUGCCCGGGGAACACAAGUCUCACACUUACACCAAUGGCUUCAACACCGGUGAUAUGCGGGACUGUCUGGAGUUCGCGGAUGAGGACCCGGUGCCCUAUAGUUGGCUGGGGCAGGACAAAACCAAAGGGCAGAGUACCGUCUGUCCAAUGUACUGCUUUCAGCAGAAACGCUGCAGGAGGGACAACUGCACCUUUUAUGGUCGGCCCGAGACUGAGAACUUCUGCUCCUACUGUUAUAGAGAAGAGUUGAAACGUAGGGAACGGGAGUUGAAGGUGCAUCGGCCUGGAUAGCCCGAAUACGAGUCACCACCGAUGUUUGUGUAAACAGCUGCGACGUCACCACCUUUUAGCACUUUGCAAGCGAUACAAAGAACUGGCAUAACAUUUUCCUACUCUAUUUAAGAUUGGCCUCCUUGUAUUCUUGUUACCUUACUCUCAAUAGCAACCGAACACUGCUUUAAAAUGACAGGAAGUGCAACCAGAAUCAGUUUACAGCUUUGGCCAGAGUUCGUGUUAUUGUCUUACGUCCAAUCGAAUUCAAUCUUUUACUUGUUCUAGAGUAAAAGCUGUGCAUUUUGCUCAGUCUGUGUUGUAAAACUCCUUGUACCUGCUGAAAGAGAUGUAAAAGCAUAUGUCAGUCUCUAUAGGAGCUUCCCAAUCAUCAAAGGGGUGACUCUGUUUAGAGGUCAUUAUAAUGCAAUACUUCACAGCAUAGCUCAAUAUCAAUACCAUUGAUUUUGCUGUGCAUUGCAAAUAAGUACAAAGGGAGGGAGAUGCACUGUUCAGUACUGGAAUUUAUUUGAAAGCAAUAAGUUUGCUAACAACCGCUACCCCCCUCCCCUUUUAUCUAUGCAUUCAUAACGUCAGCCAUAUUCUACUUUUUCCCAUGUGAUUUUAAGGGAAGUGGGUGGGAUUAAAUGAAUAAUUAUUCUAUAUGUGGCAUAUCAAAAUGUCCUUUCAGAUUAUUAUUAUUGUGGUGUAUGUGUGUGUGUAUAAAGUAUAUAGAUAUACAAUAUAUACACACACAAACUGGCACAUACUGGCUUUUCGUCAUAUGCAGCAUAUUGUAAUAUAAAGCCUUUAUGUACUGUAGAAGGGUUUGCAUUCCAACAUGAUAUCAAUUGAAUCCUCCUAUUGUAAUACAGUAAGCACUUGACUUCCAUUCACUCCUGCCUUUAUUUGCAAUGUAAUUAAUACGGUCAUCCUUAUUAUCAUCAUAAACAUUAACCGUCUUUGAGACACAACCUGAGGAUAUGUAUGAAAUGCAAACCCUUAUAUGCAUCAGCAGUGGACUAAAGGUGGAGAGUUGAAACAUU